AUGAAAAACCAUUUUGAUAGCCUUGACAAAGUCAAUAAUUUAAGAGAAAUCCAAGCUCUUAGAAGAUUAUCCCCUCACCCACAUAUCGUAAGGCUACUUGAAAUCCUUUAGUAAUUGGUAUUCAGCGAUGAGCCAACUGGAAGACUUGCCCUCGUUUUUGAGCUUUUGGACCAAAAUUUGUAUGAAUAUACAAAAGAUAGGAGGCAAUUUUUGCCAGAAACGAAAGUAAAAAAUUUUAUGUGGCAACUUUUAAAAGCCAUUGACCAUAUGCAUAGGAAUGGGAUUUUUCAUAGGGAUAUCAAGCCUGAAAACGUUUUAUUAGCUGAUGAUGCAUUAAAACUAGCUGAUUUUGGGUCAUGUCGUGGAAUCUACAGCAAGCAGCCAUAUACAGAGUACAUUAGUACAAGAUGGUAUAGACCUCCAGAAUGCUUGCUUACUGAUGGUUACUAUAACUACAAAAUGGAUAUAUGGGGCAUUGGCUGCGUAUUUUUUGAAAUCCUUGCUUUAUUUCCAUUAUUCCCAGGCGAAAACGAACUAGACCAAAUUGAUAAAAUCCAUAAUGUGUUAGGGACUCCUCCUCAAGAAAUUCUUGACGAAUUUAAAGAAAAAACUCAAACAAUUAACUUGGUUUUUACAGGAAAAGAUGGAACUGGCAUAGACAGACUGAUUCCUCAUGUAUCACCAAUGGCAAGAAGCUUGAUAAAUAAAAUGCUUACUUAUAAAUGCGAUGACAGGCUAUCUGCGCGGCAAUGUAUGAAGCAUCCUUAUUUUAAAGAAAUUAGGGAUCAAGAAAUGCCGCUGAGAAUUGUACCAUCACCCCAUAGCAUUGGAGGAGGAUUUGACGCAGAUAGUGGGGCGGGGGAUGAAAGUAAAAGAUCUGACCCUAUACUGCCACCAAUUAAAGUUCCUGUCAUGACUUUGCCAAAAAUUAAGAAAAAAAAUGAGCUGAGGCUGAAAAAUAACCCUUCAGUAAAAAGUAUACAAAUUUAUAUAAAAUUGCCUAUUUCCUUAUAAAAUCAUUUCUCUAAAAAUUAAUUGAGAAAAUUAUAUUAAUUUUGAGCAAAUAUCGCCGUAUACUAAUAAAAAAAUUAAUCUGGAGCCAAGAAAACCAUAUGUGCCUCCUUAUAAAAAAGGUCUCUACAAGACUAACUUUUAA